CGGCCCAGUUAUUUCCCCCUUUAGAGCUGUCUGGCUGCUGCGUUUGAGACAGAAGGACAAAAAGAAAUUCCCCGAGUGAGGUGGGGAGGGGCUCCUCAAGGAAAGGCUGCCAUCACCGGCAUUCUAGCAAUUGGAACUCCUGGAUCCGCGUUCUUCUGGAAGGUGGAAAUUUGGGAUCCGGGUUCUAAUCAGCACAAGCCGGACUGCACUGAAUUUUAGCCCCUCGAAACAAAGCCAGCACUAACAUUGCACAUUUCUUAACAAUCCAGACCCCCCAUCCAACCUUCCAGCCAUAGUCCCAUCUCAUCCAGCUUCUCCUUUGUGUCUGCUCUUUCAUCUGAAACGAGAUUGUGGAAACGACCGUUAUGCCCAGCUCGCUUUUUGCCGACUUGGAGAGGACCGGGGGCGGCAGCAACGGAGGAGGAGAGACACUGGAUGACCAAAGAGCCCUUCAGAUCGCCUUGGAUCAGCUCUCCCUGCUGGGGCUAGAUAACGACGACUCUUUGAUUUACGACAACGAGCCCAGGAAGAAGAGCGUGAACAUGACCGAAUGUGUGCCUGUGCCCAGCUCGGAGCAUGUCGCAGAGAUCGUGGGCAGGCAAGGUUGCAAAAUCAAAGCUCUGCGGGCAAAGACCAACACCUACAUCAAGACCCCGGUCCGUGGGGAGGAGCCUGUCUUUGUUGUGACUGGCAGAAAGGAAGACGUAGCCAUGGCCAGGAGGGAGAUCAUCUCAGCUGCAGAACAUUUCUCCAUGAUAAGAGCUUCUCGAAACAAGAACAAUGCCUUGAAUGGUACGAUCCCUGGGCCGCCUAAUCUGCCAGGGCAAACAACCAUUCAGGUGCGGGUGCCAUACCGGGUGGUGGGGCUUGUGGUGGGACCGAAAGGGGCGACAAUCAAACGAAUCCAGCAGCAGACUCACACCUACAUCGUGACACCAAGCAGGGAUAAAGAGCCAGUGUUUGAGGUCACUGGCAUGCCAGAGAAUGUUGACAGGGCCAGGGAGGAGAUCGAAGCGCAUAUUGCUAUGAGGACUGGAGGAUUGAUUGAAAUCACCGAUGAGAACGAUUUUCACGCGAAUGGUACUGAUGUUGGUUUUGAUAUCCACGGCCCAGGAAGCUUGUGGAGCAAGCAUGCCCCAAGCAUAACUUCGACCUCUGGACGCAAACCUUUUUCUAACUACCGCAAUGAUAGCUCCAGUUCACUGGGGAGUGCUUCUACUGAUUCCUGUUUUGGAAACAGUAGCUCCAGACUGGCUGAUUACAGUCCCCCAAGCCCAGUUUCCAGUUACACCAACAGUGGGAACAAUAACAAUAAUCAUGUGAAUGCAAAUGAUUUUAUUUUCAGGAAUGACACAAUUUCUCCAGAUUGCACUGAUUUGGUUUUUGAGUCCCCGGGUUUUGAUCCUGCACCAGCCCCACCAGGGUCUACUUUAAUCUGGUCCCAGUUUGAACAUACUAAUGGUGGGUGCAACGUUGCCCCCUCCUCUGUCUUUCAUACUAGUGCUUCCAUAAACGCCAAUGGAAUCUUGAGUAAUCAGAGACGUGUAAAUGGGGUAGGCUGUACUGGACCACCAAGGUUAUCCCCUCCUUUGCAUGUUAACGGGGUUGAGCAUCAUCUUGCUCGAAGAGUGCGCAGUGACCCUGGUCGAGGAGGACCAGCUUUCACAAGUUAUAUUACAAGUGGACUUUCGAAUGGCAUUGUUUCGUUUCCUGGAUCUCAUCUACCAUGUGUGCCCUCAGAUUCCUCGGCUUCCUCAUCUUCAUCAUCCUCCUCCUCUUCUUCCUCCAGCUCUUCUUCCAGCUCUUCUUCCUCAUCAGGCAUGAGGAGGAAAGGUAGUCGUGAUUGCUCCAUAUGUUUCGAAAGUGAGGUGAUUGCAGCCCUGGUUCCAUGUGGCCACAACUUGUUUUGCAUGGAGUGUGCAAACCGCAUUUGUGAGAAAAGUGACCCUGAAUGCCCUGCCUGCCAUACUGCAGUAACUCAGGCUAUACGUAUAUUUUCAUAAGAUAAAUAAUUUUAUUAUAUUGUUGAGUAAGUGUAAUUCUUAAAGCUGUAGUAUCUGCAUUUAAAGGGACACCACAUACUUCAUUGUUAUCAUUACUUGUACAGUACUGUAGCCUGGUAAAUACUUUUGACAUGUAGUGCAUGUUAUAAAUAAUAUACCCAAAUAAAAACUCUAGUACUGUAGUCAUGUUAACAUUUUACUUUAGUACCACAUUUAAAAAAAUGCAAGAAGAAUUGUGUAUAAAAUGUGUAGACUGUUAGUGAAGUGACCCUAUUGAUAGUAAUAAUUAGAAAUGCUUAUAGCAAAGUUUAUGGACGAUGCAUUUAUUGUAGACAAGCAAGAUGUUCCUGUGAAAACAUGAUACUGCAGCUUUAGGAAAGUAACUAAUUAAAUACAGACAACUGAAACAUACAUUUAUGUAUGUAUAUGUGUAUAUAAAUACAUUUAAAGUUUAAAAAUGAUAAAUUGCAUUGAUACAGAUGGAAGUAUUUUAUUCUUUUUGACUUGAAAAAUUAUAUUUCGUAUUGCAAAGAUGUUUACAGGUAUUUUAAUUUAAGUUCAGUGAACUUUUUUGUAGCUGGGUUAAAUCUUUUAUUUUUAGUAUGGCCUUACUGGCAGAGAACACUGUAUUAUUUUAGUAUCACACAAUUGUGGAGGGUGAAUUAAAAAAAAAUGAAAUGUUUAAUGCUUUGAACAGUAUUCUGUUGGGAUGGAGAUUUUAUAGGUUCAAAAAAUUAAAUCCGCUUCACCCAGCAUAUUUUCUAUUUGGUGAUAUAAAAUGUUUUAUUCUAUAUUAUUAAAUAUGGACAUUAUAAAUCAAGCUGACAAAAGGAACAGCCUGAGCUUUCUAACAUUUGUAUAAAAAGAGACCAGUGGGAAUUACAAAAGUUCUGUUGCACCACUAUAGUUUUAGUAUUUCUAUUUUAAUACAUUUGUUUACCACUUCUUUAUGUAUAUGUAGGUGAAGUUACUUGAGCGUAAAUGUACUUUAUUGAGCAAAGUUUAAAACAAAAUAUAUUUUAUUUUAUGAUAAAGGGCCUUUAACCUCAUGGUCAAAUACUAAUAUUAUAUUUGCUGAGACAAAAUUUGAAAUUGUAUCAAGAGUUUUAUUUUUCUGACAUUUAAAGUUCUACAUAAUAAAGGUAAAACGUAAGUAAUGGUGCUACUUCAUGUUUUUUUAAUUAUUUCUAUAUAAAGAAAAAUAAAAAUGGUACAUAAAUUAA